GUGAGUGGGUGUGAUCAAUGUAAAGUAGGCGUGGCUCUGUAUUGAAACUGCAAAUUUUGCAAGAAAAAGAGUGAUGAAUAUUCUGAGGAUUGUUAAAAGGAAGAGAUUGCUGCUAGUCUUAGUUCUGAUUAGCGUCCUACUCUUCAUUGGAGGGAUUAAGUUUCAGAAUGUCCCCUCCUAUUUGUCAAAGGUUCAUGUUGGCGGGAAAGUAAAUGAGUUCUUUUAUAAUUUAUUGCACAAAGACCACUGCCCAAACACCCUGCUACCAAUGAAGACAGACCUAUUGAUUAUAGGUGGUAUGAGUCAGAUUGGAUCAAGAUUAGCUUAUCAUCAUGUCAGUGAUAAAUCAUUAGGUAACGUCAGUCUCCUAGUCACUGAGGAUAUAUUGAACGUUAAUCGUGUUGGCAUCAAGUGGUAUCGAUGGACUAAGUUAAAUGCGUUAGGAUUAACAUGCUCAGUAUAUUCGUAUGAUUCCGUUCAAUCCAUGAGCAAUAUCUUGAAUAAGCAUCAACCAAGAAAGAUAGUUUACAUCCCAACUGGGCUCUAUGAUGUUGAUAAAGAUGAAAAAAUAUGGACGUCGACUAGUUAUUACAAAUUAAUUACAAACACACUGUCAAUUAUAGAAGCCAUUAAAGUUAGAAAUGGUGUAUCACUUGUAAUUGUGUCGCCAAAAAUUAAAGAUACAAACAAUAGUAGCAGCAACAUCAGUGGAAGGUGGUCUGUUGUCUUUAAGACUAUCAUUAAAAGGUUCAUAGCAAUUAGUUCAAUUCAUAACAUCAAAGUAUUCACUACAGACCCAGUACUGUAUGGCCCAUGGCAGGACUCAAGCCAAAUUGGUGACACAAACGAAAUCAAUUAUGUUGAUAACAUUGUGUCAAGAUUAAUGAGUAUUCUUUAUGAAGAUCGUGUUAGUUUGACAUUAACUCAAAUCAAAUCAAUUGAGAUCACUAACAGGUGGAUUAGUGAUUUCAAACGAGAGCAAGAAUCAAUGAACGUUAAAGAUGUAGUGUCAGGGGCUACACUGAUGUUCAGUUAUUGCUACCAUUGCUUCUUCUUUUCAAAUAAUAUGGAUUACAUCGAGGAUUGGUUUCUGAGUGCGGUGAAAUAUGAUCUUAACGUUUUAUUGAUUCAUAACACCUUCAAUUCUGAUCUUGAAUCAAAAUUAAAAUUAGCUCAUAAUCGGACAGAGUUUCUCAAAGCUGACUGCGUCAAUACCAAAGCUGCAACCGAUCAAAGGUUCUACAUACUCUAUGAAUAUUUGUUGACUCAUCCUGAGAUCAAGCGGAUAGUAUUCACUGAUCAAAGAGAUGUGAGAUUUCUCAAUGAUCCAUUUCAUAUAAUGAAUGGAAUCAGCAAUGAUAUGUUGUAUGUAGGUUCAGAUGAUGAUCGUUGUAUCAAUUCAAUUGAUGAUGGUUUCAUUAAGAAGCAGUUGAAGUCUUGUUUUCCUGGCUACUCUAAAAGAAGAGAAUUGCUUGGUUUGAGUGGUUGCUUCAACAGUGGAGUGUUAGGGGGAUCAAGGAUCACCAUGUUAACGCUGUUAUCUCAUAUGAUGCUGAUAUUUGAAUCAACUGAUUAUCGUGUUUGUGAUAUGAUAUCUCUCUCAAUACCAGCUCACGGUCCACUUUAUGAUAUUGUAUUUACCCUCUAUCCUUUCAACAGUGGGUUUGACUCUAAAACUGAGGGACCUUUUGGACUAGCAAUUAAACACAAAAUCAGCAUGUAUUAAAUUUAAUACUAGUAGAGUGUAUAAUAAUCAUUUUCUUUACAAU